AUAAACUUCUCAUUCGUUAUAUUAAAUAAACAAUGUAAGGAGCUCACCCUUAUUUUUUUAUUCUUUCUGAAAUUUGCCCUAUUAAAAAGUUUUUUUUUAUUGUAUUCGUGAAUAACAUUGGGUAGGUUUUAUAAAGUCGAAAUGUUUAGUAUAAAUAGUUCUUGAAAGGGGCUGAUAGCAAUUAUCUAUCCCUUUCCCUUCCUCACCUUUCAUCUUUUUUUUUACUCCAUGCUCUUCACAUCCAUCAUCGCUCUUCUUUCUGCUGGAUUAGUUGCAGCUGCACCUACUAACUCAACCUAUGCUGCCGGACCUCCCACCGUCAUUGUCAAGAACCAAUGCAAAUCCACGCUGAAAGUAGGCCAUUCGAUCGAUGUCGAAUACUUUGGUGAUGUAGUGGAUGUACCCGCUGGUACAAGCCAUACCUUGACCAUGCCUAUUAACUGGACUGGUCGUGUCUGGGGAAGAGAAAGUUGCUCUGGUCAAGACUGUUUUAAAUCCGGUAUGGGGUCACCUGCUUCUCUUGCCGAAUUCUUCUUUAAAGAAAACGGUGACGUAUUUUAUGACAUUUCCUUCGUGGAUGGAUUCAACGUGCCCAUGGUGAUCGAACCUGUUUCCAAGGUAGACCUCCAAUAUGGAGAUGAACGCUUGUGUGCUACCACCUCUUGCUCAGUCUUGCCUGACUGUCCUACCCAAUUUAUCACCCACGAUGAUGAAGGCAAUGUUUCGGGUUGCAAGAGUGCCUGUACCUUCUACAAUACAGAUGAAUACUGCUGCACUGGUGACUACUUAGACCCCAAUGUUUGCAAAACCUAUUCUUAUGCUUCUGAUGUAAAGGCAGCGUGCCCCGAUGUUUACAGUUAUGCUUUUGAUGACUAUUCCAGUGCCUUCAUGUGUAGAUCCAAUGCUUAUACUGUUACCUUCUGUUAAAUACUUUUUUUUCUUUUGUUCUGUGGUUGACCCAUAUAUAUAUAUAUAUAUUUAUAGCUUGAUGCUGUAAUCUGAUAAAUAAAAAUCGUCUUUUUUUUUUGCUUAUGCGGGUAAAUGUUUUUUUUUUUGCUAAAUACGAGCCGGUGUUAGAUGCAGGUUUUUUUCUA